AUGACUACAGAAGCAAAAAUUCUGCCCAAGAAGGGCGAGCGCAAUAUUCUCAUUACAAGCGCAUUGCCUUACGUCAAUAACGUACCUCACUUGGGCAACAUUGUCGGUUCCGUGCUCAGUGCUGAUGUUUUCGCCAGAUACCAUAAGGCCUGUGGCCACCCAACGUUGUAUAUCUGCGGAACAGAUGAAUAUGGUACUGCAACAGAAACAAAAGCUUUGGAGGAAAAGGUGACCCCAGAGGAGCUGUGCGCGAAAUACAAUAAAAUCCAUCAGGAGGUGUAUGAAUGGUUUGAGAUUGGAUUCGAUCACUUCGGGCGCACGCCGACACAAAAACACACCGAAAUUUCCCAGGCUAUUUUUAAGCGGCUCUAUGAAAAUGGGUACCUUGCGGAAAAGACCGCUGAACAACCGUUUUGCGAGACCCAUGGAUCCUUCUUAGCCGAUCGCUAUGUCGAGGGGGAAUGUCCACGAUGCCACUAUGACGAUGCUCGCGGAGAUCAGUGUGAUAAGUGUGGCCAUCUUCUUGAUCCGUUCGACCUCAUCAACCCGCGGUGUAAACUCGAUGGCGCCACUCCGGUGAAGCGAAACACGAAACACAUCCACCUCCUUCUAGAUAAGCUUCAACCAGCUAUCGAGAAAUAUGUUCUUCCUGCUAUGGAGAAAGCUAAUUGGCCGAAAAACUCCCGUAAUAUCACGGAAAAUUGGUUGAGAGAAGGCUUGAAGGACCGUGGUAUUACAAGAGACCUUAAAUGGGGCGUUCCCGUCCCCUUGGAUGGAUUUGACAACAAAGUGCUCUAUGUGUGGUUUGAAGCAUGCAUUGGCUACCCAUCAAUUACAGCUAAUUAUACCCCUGACUGGGAACUUUGGUGGCGCAAUCCUGAGGAUGUCCAGCUUUAUCAGUUCUUGGGAAAAGACAACGUGCCAUUUCACAGCGUCAUCUUCCCCGGAUGCCAGAUAGGAACCGAGGAUAAGUGGACUAUGCUUCAUCACCUCAAUACUGCUGAGUAUCUGAACUAUGAAGGUGGCAAGUUCAGUAAAUCUCGUGGAGUUGGUGUCUUCGGUAAUAACGCCAAAGAAACUGGUGUGGCCCCAGACGUGUGGCGAUACUAUCUCCUGAAGAACCGCCCUGAAACAGGGGACACUCAAUUCGAAUGGAGAUCAUUCGUCGAUAGCAACAACAGUGAGUUACUUGCCAAGCUAGGCAAUCUAGUCAACCGAGUGAUCAAGCUUGUUGCUGCGUCGUACGGCUCUACUAUCCCCGAAUUCACCGUCCCUGAGAGCUUCCAGCCCACCUUAGAUGAGGUCACGGCUCUCCUCCGACAAUAUAUUGAAGAAAUGGAUGGCGUACAUCUGCGCGCAGGUGUAAAUACUGCGAUGAAACUUGCCGAAGCCGGUAAUGGCUUAAUUCAAGCCAACCGACUAGACAACACUCUCAUCGCCAAUGAACCCGAGCGCGCCGCUGCCGUUGUCGGUACUGUACUCAACCUCAUCCAUCUCCUCGCUAGCGUUUUCGCUCCCUACCUCCCUGCUACUUCAAAGUCCAUUAAUGAGCAACUGGAUGCACCUUUCGCUCACAUCCCAUCACUCGAGGACAUCAAGGAUGGCUGGAAGCCCGUGGCAUUAAAGCCGGGUCACAAAAUCGGCAAGGCACAGUACCUGUUCUCGCGUAUCGACCCUAAAAAGGCCGAUAUGUGGCGCGAGCAGUUCGGUGGUUCUCAGGCCGACAGAGAGAAGAAGGAGGAGGAAGCUGCCAAGGUAGCUGCAAAGAAGGCAGCCAAGGAUGCGGCGAAGGCCAAGAAGAAGGAAAAGAGGGCCAAGGAGGCUGCAGCUGCUGCAGGUGCAGAUGGUGUUGCGCCUGUCGAAGCCACGGCUAAGGGGGGCGCGGAGUCAACCGAUGCCACGACGGAGGGGAAGAAUGAUGAAUCUGUCGAGAAGAUCACUGAUGGUGUUGCGCAGGUAACGAUCCCAACAUCGUGA